AUUCACUGUCUUUCCCCUCACGUCAACAAUAAACUGAAAAGAUGGAAGACGAGUUGGAAGAUAGGAUAUUUUAUCAGACUUAUCUAUCACACAUGAAGCUCGUAUCUAAAUUUGCCGUAGGGCUACCUCUAAAUUCAAAUCAAUUCGUUUAUAUUUGGAGAAUUUUAAGAGUGUAUGUUUUAAAACCUGAAGUCAUUAUUUUUAGUGCGUUUCUCUUGGCUAUUUUAGUUUAUCUUCAAGCCGUAGAUGUUUGGAGUCGUAGUUUACUGGGAAGAUUACAUUUUUCUCUUGGAAGAUCAGCCAGUUCUAAAGUACAAAAACUCCAAUUUUUCGUCAAUACUUCUGGUGGAGAUGUAGACAAACUUAGUUGGGAACUAAAGGAAAAAACAGUCGCUGCUUAUGCGGUACAAGGUCGCCGACCUCGAAUGGAAGAUAGAUUUGUAGUGAAUGAAAAUAUCAACAAUACAGGUGUUUCUUUGUUCGCUAUUUUUGAUGGGCAUGGAGGUGAGUUUGCUGCAAACUAUGCAAGAGAUAACCUGAUCAACAAUCUGAAUAACAAAGUUAUUGAAUUGAAAAAGUUAAUAGCAGAUGGUAAAUCUGAGAGAUCAGUUAUUGGCAAACCUCCACCAUCCCCGAAACUCGAUCAGAGAAAAGGCUCCGGUACCGAAGGUGGUGAGAGUGUCAGCAGGAAGUCCAGUUUCCGCAAGACAACCUCACAAGCCGAUGAGUGUGUGAAGAAGUCUGCUGGAGGGGGUGGAGUGAUCACAGAUCCAGUGCUGCUGGAGAAGUUGGAGGCACUGAAUCGCCCGAUCACUCGGGAAGUGAGGCCAACGAGACCGAGUUUGUCAGCAGCAAUACCACCCCCUAAAGUAGAGUCCUACUUGGACGCAGGUUGUGCAAUCAACUAUGGAAGAUUACUGACAGAUGAAGUCCUUGCCGCUGACAGACUCUUGGUAGAGGCAGCCAAAAAAACCAUGGAUGUUGCAGGUACAACAGCAUUGAUUGCACUGCUUGAAGGAUCUCGUCUAAUCGUAGCUAAUGUGGGAGAUUCAAGAGGAGUCAUGUGUGACUCCAAAGGAAAUGCUAUCCCUCUCUCUUUUGAUCAUAAACCACAACAGAUGCGUGAAAGGAAGAGGAUCAAGGAAGCAGGGGGAUUUAUUACUUUCAAUGGAGUAUGGCGUGUAGCUGGGAUUCUAGCUACUUCACGAGCAUUGGGUGACUACCCAUUAAAAGACAAACGACUUGUUAUCGCCGACCCAGACAUCUUGACCUUCAACCUGGCCGAUCACAAACCUCAGUUUUUGGUCCUGGCUUCUGACGGUCUGUGGGACACAUUUACGAACGAAGAGGCAGUUUCAUUCAUCAAAGAACGACUGGGAGAACCCCAUUUUGGAGCUAAAAGCAUCACACUUCAGUCAUACUACAGGGGGUCUCUUGACAAUAUCACUGUCAUCGUCAUCAAUCUGAGCGAUCAUGUAUGGAGCAACACCACCGCCUCCAAGAAGUACAACUAACACAUGACCUUGCACAAAAUACAUGGUAGAAUCAGGGGUAGUAAAGUAGUUGAGUACAGGUGAUCAUUCCUGCCACAAUUUUUGUACACUUUUUUUGUUCAUUACCAGUGUACACACAAUGUGUUGUAAGAUUUGUUGAAUUUUUAGGUUAUUAAUAAAACUUUACCACAAAAGUUUUACCACUUGUGAUGGUAAGUGCUGUUUUCAUCUCAAUAUUAUGACGUAUUUUCUUUUUUAUUAAAGAAAACUUUGUCAUAAAUUAUAAUUGAUCAGUUUUUUGUUGGUAAUGGACUUCCUCUUGUACCUUUUUAAUCAAAUUAUUUUGAGGCUUGCCAUGUAAUUUUUGCGAUACAUUGUUCUUUUGUUUUAAAGAUUGGUGAAACAUUAUAGCAGAGUUACUUUUAUAAUCCUUUUCAUCAACAAAAGCAUAGUUUUCUUAUAAACACUUAGAGACAAGUUAGUGUUUUAACGAAAUUUGGGUAAAUUAUGUACACGAAUACCAUUAAACAUAUUAUGUAUUACUUUAAAUAUGCAGCAACAUCAACUUUACAUAUUUCUUGUAGGUACCCUUAUUGUUGUUUUCCUUUAAAAGAUAUACUGAAAUGACUGCCUUUUUAUAUUCUGAUUUCUUAAUCUUUCUUGUAUUGAAAAUAGAAAUCUUUAAUUAAUUUAUCAUAAACUGAUAUACAAUCACGUAUUAAAACGUGUAUUACUUUGGUAUAUAAAUUUAAAAAUUUACUAUCCACAUAUCAUAUUAAUAUCUGUAUUAGUCCAUAAACAGUAAUUAGUACAACAAAUCAAUUUUAGCAAUAUUAUGGAAAUAUAGCUACUACUGAUUCAAAUAUAGAUGCUUCUCUCUCCAAACAGAUACCAAGGUAGAACAACAAAAUCUGUAAUGGAUAAAAAAAAUAUGCAUUGAGAAUUUGAUCAUAAUCAUUGCAAGGCAAAUGGUGUGUAACUGUAUUAACAAUCAUUGUUUAAAAAAAUAUCAUUUUCAAUAGUAGUUUUCAAAUUAACAUUGGAGGAAACUUCUCUUUUUGCCUUCUAAUUUGAUUAGGGUCAACUAAGAGGAAGUCCAAAUUACAAAGCACAUUUUAUUUUAGAAUAGUUUUCACAGUUUGACAGGGUAUUAGAUUUUUAUAUUAAUUAGUGUUGUUGAUUUUUAUAGAACCAUUAUGAAGAGGCUGAUAAACUACAAAUAUCUGUUGUUUGAAACAUUUUAUCAUUGGCAAAGAUAACCCUUGGAUUGCUUUGUCCAGCUUAUCAAUUUAUUUUCCAUUCAUAAUAUUUUUCUUACUGAUGUUUUAAUCGAUUAAUGUAAAUGCUUUCCAUGUUAAUUUCUACAGCAAAUUGUAUCUAAAAAUUAAAAGAUUAAUCUACAUUUAAUCUGUAUUCAGUUUUAUAUAUAUAUAUACACACAUAUAAGAUAUUAUUUGAUUUAGUACAUUCUUAUUCUUCAUGAUUGUUAAUUCAAUUAUUUUUUCAACUUGGGCAGUAAUUGUUAGUGUACUUUUUAUUUCAUGAUUUUCGCUUAUAAUAAGCUAUAUAUAUUGAUCAAAGUACUCCAAAGUGUAAAUAUAUUAAAAAUAAUGAAUGGUUGUACAGGAAUUCUAUGUGUAAAUUUGUGGAUAAUGUAUAUCAGAUUAAAUUGUAUUAUCUGUAGUACAAUAUUCUUAUAGUUUUUAUUUUAUAAAGAAAUCAAAGUGGCACUGUGAAAGUGCUUGAUAAGGUUGACACCAAUGUAAAAGUUUGAUGAUAAAAAUUAGUUGAAGUUUUUAUUAACAUUAACUGUGGUACACUUUAUAUUUGAAUGAUAAAAUACCCCAGUAAGGUACUGGCAUAUUGCUGAGUAUAGAGUAUUAAAUACAUUGUUGCACUUAAAAUAUAAAGUGUUUUCUAUUUUUAUAUUUCAAAAGGCAUUAAAUAACAGCUAAUAAGCAGACGGGUCUGAAAAUAAGCAAAUGGGUCUGAAAACUUUUAAAGGUUGAUUAGGAAAAAAGAUUAUGCUGUUUUUCGAGUAGGCCGUUAAAGUUCCAAGACGAUGGUAGGUCGUCUAUUCUUGGCGACCAAUAUCUGUCUGGAUGGCUUGAUUUGAGAGCAGACUCGUCAGAGAAUGCAACAUGUGCAUGACAGCGUACAACUGUUCCAACACUUUCAGGAGCAGUGAAUUAGUGCUAAGAACUUCUUGGUGGCAUUAAGAAAGGCCUUUUUCCGGCUUUGCCCUCAAGUUUGAUCGAAGGCGUGGUUUUGCCUGAGGACUUCUUAGGCAAUGUAUUUAUUGCAUUGGACAACUCCGCCAUUUUUACCCUGGCGGUAGGUAGCUUCAAUGGUCGAGUUGAGUUUUCCAGUUUUGGGCAGUGAAGAUGUGAUAUGAUCCACGCAAGUCCGGCCAGCCAGCGCCCUGUUGCCGGGUUCCAAAGUUGUCUGCACCAUCAUCUUUUGGCUGGUUUGUAGUUAUUCUCUUGUUCCGAUCCUGGUUCUGGUUCUAUAUGUUCCCAGUGUGUCGCUGGUCAUGAAAUGAGGUAGUUAGUGAUGGUCCUCCACCUUACGACUGUGAUUACAACAGGGUCUUUUUUCCUGAGAUGGCGUUGGUAUGGAGGCUCUUGUUGUGGUUGUCAUGUAGGGUAGCUAGUAACCUUGUGAGUUACAGCGUUGUGGAAUGACAAUGACGGGAUCCGUAUUGGUCUUCUUGGAUACUAAGAUGGAGGUUGUUAGGGAAUCGUGAGAGUGAGGUGUUCCAGGGUUUUUGGAUAGAACCAGUAGAAGGUAGAUUGGAUGGUAAUUUUCUAGAAGCCUUUAGAUGGUUUUAGGAGGAGUAUUAUUUUUGCUAUUUUCCAUGAAUUGGUGAAGUAUAAGUGGAAGCAGGUUUUGAAAUUGAUGGUAACCACUGCACGACCAUCUAAUUAGUCUUCUGAGGGCAGAGUCUUUUAGGCGAUUGGGUCCUGAGGAUUUUGUUUUUCGGUAAAGGUUGGAGAGAACUAAUGAGAAUUCCUUCAUUCCCUACGGGCAGUGCAAGUUUCAUAUCUUCUUCGACUUCAUUUUCUGUGGCUUCCAGGAAGUUCUCAAUUCUCUCGGUGUGGUUGGUAUCCUGGACAUCUGAGUGGGGUUGGAACCGCCACCCUAGUGGCAUAGACCUCCACCUUAUCCUCCACUGAGUACAUGAAACUGUUUCUGCACUGGAUGAAAUGGAUCGCCUUUUUGUCACCACUGAGGGUUUUAGCCUGUGUCCAGAUCCAUAAUCAACUUCCAGUGAGUCGAGGUAGUCUUUGCUGUGUCGCUGAAGGAGCGUGGUCACUCUCCUUGACUGCCGAUUGAAGGUAAAUAGAAAUAGCAAGUGCCAGGGUGAGAAUCAGUGAAAGUAUUAUUUAAAACGUUAUUAAACUUGACUCUGUACUCUCCUUGGUUCCAACUCUAACUCACAAAGAGCCGGCUGUAUUGGUGGCCGUCUUGUUUUUAGACCCAUAAGAUCAAAUGUUAUAUCUCAAACACUUUUUACACCCUUAUUUGUGGCCAUAGUGUUAUGGCGACAUCUUAUUUUAAAGAUAUUAUUCAAUAUCCAUCAAAACUUUACUACAGGAGUAGAGCCAGGAAAAUAGCAACCUAAUUAGAUUAAGUGGACGUGGACACCUUUUAACAUGUUGAAGAAUCAGCACAAUAUAUUCUAGUCAUGAUUGUAUAAAAUGUGAAUGAUUUACCGUCUGUGUUAUUAUGAGCUCUAUUUGUAAUGUGCUUUAAAUUAUUUGUUUAGUAAAGAAAUUUAUUUUAUUGUACAUUAGAAUUGUUGUCUUCAAAUGCUAAUGCAUCACUAUUUGUAUUGUCAGUGCUUUUAUAUUUUAAAUGCAAGAUAUUUAACAAUUACUGUAGCAUUUGUAUAUAGUUUGUACAAUCUUUCAUUACAAGUAUAAUAGUAUUAGUCCUUUUGGACAAUUGCGGUUUCUGCAUAGUUUUGUGCACUUUUCAAUGGAGAUUCAAUGCAAUUGUAAUAUAUUUGACUAGUAUAAAAUACAGUUUUAAACCUUGAAAAUAUUUAUGAUAGUUACAACAUGCUUGAUAUUUUGUGAUGAAUACAAGUAAUGUUUGCUUUUAGCAUGCUUCUUGCUUUUGUCUUUCACAUUAAUAUUUAUGAGAACAAAUUUGUUUAUGUAUUCGUACAUAAAGGAAAACCUUGUGUACAGCUAUUCAGCCUGAAAUGAUUAUGAAGUGAGGAGAUGUGUGUAAAAUAUUUAACAAAAUUAAAUAUGCAUCGGAUCAAACUGAUAUCUAAAAGUUGAAGAUAAUUCUGGAAACAGAAAAUUUUUAAUGAACCUAUGAUGUUUUAAUCCAAUAAUUUUGAGGCUUGGGUAUAUUUGUUUGUCUAACCUUUUUUCAAACAUAUAAAAGUGAAUCCCACAGUUAUAUUUGAAGUAUUUUAACACUUGAGCUGAAUUAAAGUUUAUUGUCCAUGUCUGUUAAUGUUUUAAACUUAGAAACUUGCAACUUAUAACAGAGAAAGUAACAUUAUAUUUUGCAUAACUGAUUUUUUACUAGAACUAGAAACUAGCAUUAACAAUUAAAAAAAUGUGUAUUGUCAUUGAUUUGAAAGCAGUUUUAAAAUUUUAAAAUCUUGAUUCAUUUCAUUUCAAUUUAAAUGUCUGCAUAUUCAAAGGUUAAUAAACUUAAAUCUAAUACAAAUUUAGUUCGAUAAGAUUUGUUAAACACAAGAUUUAUACAUUUUUUCAAAUCUAAGUCAAACGCCAAAGUACAAAAAACAGUUUGUCGGUUUUAUGCUUUAGAUAUUUUUCUUUCAUAAUUAUGUUGAUUUUAUGAAAUUUAACUUAAAAGAUCUAUUAUUUCGAUAAUAUAGAAAAUGCAUUCUUAAUUCUUAGCGUUAAGUAAAAUCUUAGACCAAAAUGGACAUGCUAAAUAAUUGUAGUGGUGUAACUGAUUUACUACCGACUUUUAAAGGAAAACACAGACACAAUUUGUAUUGUGAAAAAUUUAACUGAAAUCAGCAAUAUAUUAUAUUUUAAAAAGUCAGUGUGUAUGGUGUAGCAACAGAAAACAAAUUGCUAUGUUAGGUUAUUACCUUGUGUAUUAAUAAGUAACGUUUUGCCUCUUUAUUAUCAGUCUAAUGAAACAAUAAGUGUCAAAUGGAAAGUUUCUGUGUGUAGGGAUCCUAUUAAAGAAGUACUGUAAUAAUAAUUUACAUUUUUGCCAAAUGAACAACACUCUCGAUAGAUUGUUUUUACUAAGUAGUAAAUAUUUUUACAUUAUACAUACAACAAUAGGCAUGAGUAAGAUGUAGGCACAUGUCAAUUGCAACAAAUAAGUGUGCCAAUUAGUUUAUAUGUUGCUCACUUAAUGUAAUUUUGUAUAAUACCUAACUGUUGGUUGUGAACAAACGAUUUCAAAAUGUUACUCAUAUUUCAAUCCUCAAGUGGAAUAGUACAAAAUUUAAAAGAAAAUAAUAAUUCUUUGUAUAUCUUAAAUAAAUAGUUCAUGGAUAACGUAACAGUAUUGUUAUAUUUUGUUCAUUGGACUUUGACUCAAUACUGAAAUUGAGUAACAUUUUGCAAAUCUUAGAUAAAUGUUUUGGACUGUUUUGAUUGCAUUACUUAUGUUUAAACAAUCCUAGAGUUGUUGAGAUAUUAAUGUUGAUAUUUUAGAAUAGUGUUAUUAAACAUACAUUUUAUUAAGAGUUUUUAAUGUUGAAAAUGUUUUGCUAUGUAUUUAGUUAAAAUAAAAAAUAUUGGAUAUUUA